AUGUCUAAAGAACAUCGUGGUGACACUUCUGGAGGAAAAGACAAUGAUGAAGAAAAGAGUGAGAGUGAUUUUGAAAAACCUAUGAAUCGUGACGAUUUGUUGAGAAAGGAAGUUGGGGAAUUCGGCUGGUUCCAGCUACGACUUGUUCUCUUUUUGACAGUACCAAUCAUGUUCUCUGCUAUUAAAAACGAUUAUAUAUUAUCUUCAGCUGCAAUACCACACAGAUGUCGAAUACCGGAAUGUGGAGAAAAUAAUAAACUGCAUGUUUACAAUCCUGAAUGGAUCUUAAACGUUGUACCUGAGGCAAAAUCGGGGCUCUCGAGCUGUAGUAGAUAUGCUUCCAAUGGUUUAGGAAUCAACGGGUCCUUAGAUUACUGCCCUGCUAGUCUAUUCAACCAGACAGACCUUAUUGGCUGCGAGGAUUAUGUGUAUGCAAACGAUUAUACAGUUGUAUACGACUUCGAUCUUGGUUGUCAAGAAUGGCUCCGGGUUUUAGCAGGAACCGUGGGAAACAUUGGAUUGUUUUUUGGAUUGCCUCUCUCGGGAUAUAUCUCAGACCGGUUUGGUCGAAAGGUCGCAUUGGUUUUCAACAUCUUCGCUUUGGGCUUCGUCGGUGUGAUCAGAUCGUUUUCUGUUAACUAUACUAUGUACGUGGUUCUGCAACUGGUUCAGACUGUACUUGGCUCAGGUGUCUAUACAACAGCUGUUGUUUUAGUAACGGAGCUUUUGGGACCGAAAUACCGCUUUAUCGGAGUAACAUUAAUGUCACUGUUCUCUUUAGGACAAGUGAUGAUUGGUGGGGUAUACUGGCUUAUUGGUUACUGGCGUUAUGCGACAUUAGCUCUAUAUGUUCCCUGUUUAUUCAUGAUCGUUUACUAUUGGCUAUUAUCUGAAAGUAUUCGUUGGCUAUUGGUUAAGAAGAAAUACGCUGAAGCAAGAAAGAUUAUAGAAACGAUAGCGAGGUUAAAUAAAAGAACAAUAAGUGAUAAAUCUAUGGAGGCAUUGUUGAAGCCUCCGGAAGCUCCUCCGCAACAAGUAACGAAAGCUGGUUUGGUACGGUCAUUGAUACGCUCUCCAACUUUAUUAAGACGAGUGUGUACUACUCCAAUUUGGUGGAUCGCCGGAACAUUUGUAUAUUACGGACUAUCGAUCAACUCAACCGGACUUUCCGAUACUGUGUACCUGAACUAUAUGUUGACAUGCGCCGUGGAAAUACCCGGUUGCUAUGCUGGAGCAUUUAUGGUGCAUAAAGUUGGGCGGAAAGCUACACUUUCCUCGGGAUUCUUCCUAAGUGCUUUGUGUAAUAUACUCUUCGUCAUAAUGCCAGCUGGCAGUAUGUUCACAGCUCGGCUGAUAACUUAUCUACUUGGAAAGGUUGCAGUCACGAUAGCGAUGAAUUGUCUCUACUUAUACACAUCUGAGCUGUACCCCACGGAGUAUCGGCAUACGCUACUUGCAUUCUCAUCGACGGUUGGACGUCUGGGCACUACUGUUGCACCACUUACACCAGUCUUUAAACAAUACUGGCACGGUCUACCUUCAGUGUUAUUUGGCGCUUUCGGGUUCCUAGCUGGUGCGCUGGCUUUAACUCAGCCGGAAACCCUUGGAACUAAACUCCCUGAUACUCUUGCUGAAGCAGAAAUGUUAGGAAAACCUGAGUCCAAACUCAAAAGCUAAUCGAAGUCUUUUUUUAGAAAAUUUUAUUGUCGAUAUGAAUCACCAUUACUGUUUUACUAUAAUCUCUAAAGUCGGCCAAAAAUA